AGCUGUGCCAGAGGAAAAGCAGCCAUUCUGGACAUUUCAGGACACUUUUCCGUCCUCCAGGGUGGAAUUGGAGCGAGGAGGAAACCUUUAAAUGAGACACUACAGUCAUUAAUUACAUUUUGAAUGUAAACAAUAGAUAUUUAGGCAGCUACCUGUGUCUUUAAAUGUGAAAAUUGUAACGUUAAUGAAAACAUGGAGCAGGCUGACCACGAACCCCGCCUAUUCAGGACGAAUCCGUCACUGUUUGGUUCAUAUUCCUGACAUUAAAAUAGGAAUAUUUAGAGGACUAAACAAAGGACUACUCGUGAAUGUACCGCAGAGGCUUUUACACACAGCCUCGGGGAAUAUCGAGCUAAAGCACCGCUAGUCGCUCGGUAGGAGAAGCCGUGUUUACAGGGUGAAGAUUUGUUAAGCGGUUUUUUUAUUUAUUUAUGUUUAUACCAGUAUAUUUGCCAAAGCAAUGGAGGACGGCUUGGCGUCAGAAGACGAUAUUUUGCUGCACUCAGAGAAGGCAUUUCACAACGCUACAAAGCGGAAUGACACGGGAAAGAUGCUGGAGCUUAUUAGGAAAGGGGUAGACAUCAAAGUUAAAAAUAAAGUAGACCGGAAGGCACUGCACUGGGCUGCAGGUGCUGGUAGUGAAGAUGCUCUGCGUUUGUUGCUGGAGCAUGAUACUCAGCUGGAUGAUGCAGAUAGCUUUGGCAUGAGUGCCCUGCUGUUGGCAGCAUGGUUCGGUCACCUCAAAAUCUUGCAGAUCCUUGUGUCAUCUGGAGCAAAACUCAACUGUGAAAACAAAAAUGGGCUAAAUCUGCUGCACUGUGCUGCACAGCGAGGUCACAUCCGUAUACUGGAGUAUAUCAUGGAGGAUCUAGAGGAUGUCCGACUUGACAGAGUUGACAAGUCAGGUAAGACAGCAUUCCACCUGGCAGCAGAACAUGGACAUCUGGAGGUGACGGAGUAUCUUAUUGGCAUGGGCUGUGCUCACGAUCUCAAGGACAAGGAGGAGAACACUGCACUCCAUCUGGCAGGAAAACACGGCCAUGUAGAAGUUCUCCAGAAGAUUUUGGAAACAGGGGAGAACAUCAAUGAGAGGAAUAUUGAAGGUCUGACUGCUUUACAUUUGGCUGUGGAAGGAGGACAUUAUGACUGUGUCAGGCUGCUGAUUGAGACUAAUUGCAACGCCAGUGAACUCACAAAUAAGAACAUGACGGCUCUUCACAUUGCGGUCCAACAUGGAUUUGAAAGAGUGGUCAGGCUGCUUGUGGAGGCUGGAGUAAGUGUGGACUCAGUUGAUAUUAAUCGCACCGCUGCAGUUCACUUGGCAGUGUUCAACAACUACACAGAGAUUGUUAAAAUACUUAUUGAUGCAGAAUGUGACCUAAAUGUUUUGGAUGAUCGGCUUCAAACGGCUCUACACAUAGCAGCAGAACACGGACGGCAAAACAUAGCUGAAAUGAUUCUUAUUGCUGGGGUCAACCUUAAACUUCUCGACAAGCAGGGAAAGACACCACUGGACAUUGCGGCCAGAGGCAAUCAUGUGAACGUGGUCGACAUUAUAAUCAAAGCGGAAAGAUUUUACAAAUGGGAACAGGAUAACUGCUCUGAAUCGUUAGUGCGAAGGAAUGUGACCUUCAAGCAAGACCAUAAGCAGGAGACACAGCACAUUCGCUCUGUCUUAUGGAAGUUAGCCACCAAACACCUGAAAGCUGGAGAGUGGAAGACACUGGCACAGUAUUGGCAAUUCACGGACGCGCAUAUUCGAGCCAUAGAACAUGAGUGGACAGGUACUAAAAGCUAUAAGGAUCAUGGGCAUCGCAUGCUGUUGAUCUGGCUGCAUGGUGUGUUGAUUGCUGGAGAAAACCCCAUUAAAAGCUUGUAUGAAGGCCUAAUGGGAAUCUCAAUGAUAGAUCUAGCAGAAACGAUGCGACAGCAGGCCAAUGCAGACCCUAACACUCCCAGGAAGUGUGUGACAAUGUGAACCAGUGUUGCCUCAAAACACGCCGAGGAAUAGAAGUUUACAGCGAAUGAUACAAGAUGAAAUACAGUCCAGGGCUUAUUAUGCAAUAAAACAUGAACAAAGGUUUUCUUAACAACAUGCUGAUGCAUUCAGUUUUGAAGGGCUACUACAGUACCAUCUGCUGAUUCUGAUGCAACAAUUAAAAGUGACAAAUUGAGUAUCUCAUGAUUAUGUCAAUGGCUAGAAUAUUGUAAAGUAAAAAGUCCAAUUCUAAAUCAUCUAAAUGUGUUGGGCUGAACAAUGUUCUCAAGUUCUGUACUGCCAGAUUUUAGGUCCUACUUUCUCUUUUCUAUACAAUUAGCUUUUAAUAAAUUCUGGCCCAGAUUAAAAUAGGAAAGUUAUGAACAUGGUAUGUCUAGCAGAGACACAGCUGAACAAUAGCUAAGGACAGCACAAUAGUGGCUCCUGCUUUGUAAUAUCCUAAAUAGUAAAGUAUUAGAGAGAAACUGGACCAACAUCAACAUGUCACCUUCAACUUGUCAUGAAUCCAGGGUUAAGAUCCUACAGCUAUAAAUCACUGUGUUACUUAUGGUCCAAAAAAAAAAAAAAGAAAAUUGUUUAAACAUUGCAUUGCCGGUAUACUGUAUUUCAAAUGUUAAAAUCAACCCUUUAAUUGUUCCUGUCUCCUGAACUACACUAUUUGGACAAAAGUAUUAGGACCUCACAAUGUUUGCGGUCCAAUGUCUUUGGAUUGUUGGAAUUAAAGCUUUCCUUCACUUAAACUAGAAAACCCAAACCUGUUCCAGCAUGACAAUGCUCCUGUUGGAGUGGAAGAUCUUGAGUGGUUUGCUUUAGAGAUCUGACCUCAACCCUUUUGAACACCUUUGGAACGAAUUGGAAUGCUGAGUGCACCCCAGCUCACCUCACCUACAUCAGUCCCUGACUUUACUACAACUCUUGUGUCUGAAUGAGCGCAAAUCUCCACAGACACACUCAACAAUAUGGCAGACAAUCUUUCCAGAAGAGUGGAGGUUAUUAUAACAGCAAUUUUGGACUAAACGUGAAAUGGGAUGUAAAAAGAAACACUUAGAAUCUUAAGGUCGGAUGUCCACAAAGCAUUGGAUUGCCAAAUGUUUUUUUUUUUACUCAAUAAUGAGUAAAGACAGAUGAGGAGGCAACUUGAGGAAAUGGGAGAUAAAUAUCCAUAGAAGGAGCAUUUGUAUAGCUUUAUAUUGCAACAACCGCUUUCUACUUUAGGUCUCAUCAGCACUUAUUCAGUGUUUUAAAUUAUUACAAUUUACAUCGAAAAUGUAUUUUAAACAGUGUGACUUUUUUUGUAAAUAGAUUCACUUUUACACUUAUGCAUAAUGCAUGGCUACAAUUGAUAUUUAUAUUGUAACAUGAAAAGCAUUAUGGCUUUUUAAUUACUUAAACUGUGAUUUGUUUUAUGUUUAAAAAAACUAAAUAAAGUUGUUGACACAUUCAUAUACUGUACAUGUAUGGAAUGAAAUGUGUUUAACACUUUAAGGCUACAAUUAGGACCUUUUGGAAAGAGACUCAUCCUUUAUCUGUCACAUGGUGUAAAGUUUGGGUAUGUUUAAUCCCAGGCCAAACGAAUCAUGUAAUUUUAUGUCAUUUAUGUUUGGUUAAAUUUCUUUUUGAUAAUGUGUCAUACUCAGGUUAAAA